AUGCUGCCUCCUACAGUAGAAUUUUGCAAGGGAUCUCUGCAUUCAAAGACUUUUUAUUCACCAGUCCCUGAACAGAUUGCCCAAUGCAAAGAUAACGAUGAUAAUGACAAUGAAAACGACCAAAUUAUACUUGGGGUUGAUGAAGCAGGUAGGGGACCAGUACUCGGGCCAAUGGUUUACGGCAUAAGCUACUGUACAAAACAAUUUCAAGAUGAAAUUCUCAAACCAAACUAUGGAUUUGAUGAUUCCAAAAAACUGUCAGAUUUGGAACGUCGCCGAUUGUUCAGUAAAAUAUACGGAGAAAAUGGAGAAGUUGCAGAGAUCGCAAAUGUUGGAUAUGCUGUAACUGCGAUUACCCCUGCUGAUAUAUCAAGCGGUAUGCUUCGAUAUCCAGCUAAUGCCAAUUAUAAUCUAAACGAGCAGGCUCAUGAUGUCACCAUUGCAUUGAUAGAAGGUGUAUUACAGAGGGGUGUAAAACUGCAUCACGUUUAUGUGGAUACUGUAGGUCCGCCAGCAAGUUAUCAAAAAAAACUAGAGCAAAAAUUUCCCCACAUUAAAUUCACCGUUGCUAAAAAAGCCGAUUCGCUAUACUGUGUAGUCAGCGUUGCAAGUAUCGUUGCUAAAGUGACGAGAGAUAUUUUACUUGAACAAUGGGCCCAGCAGGUAUCACCACCUGAGGCAGGCCCUCUUGGUUCAGGAUACCCAGCAGAUGCAAAAACUACAGCAUGGCUAAGGAAUACAAUGAAACCAUUGAUGGGGUGGGAUCCCCAUCUAGUUAGAUUUUCUUGGCAGACAAGUGAAACUCUUUUGGACAACAAAGGUAUUCAAAUAGAAUGGGAAGAAAAGAGUAAAUCGAAACCCGUCUGGGCCGGCAAGAGUAUGUUACAGGCUGAAAGAAAACCGCUCACCCUCGACAGUUGGUACGGUUAA